AUGGUUCCUGAAACAUCUAAUCAUGUGUAUGCCUUAAGUCGAAAAUCCUUUGAAAGUAUUUCUUUGCGUCAUUUACCCUUGCUCCUUGAGUUAAGAGCCUUGAAUAUUUGUUUCACACUUGAUUCAAAUGGUUCAGUUAUUGCUAAUUUGCAAGUAAAGCCAAUAUUAUUUGAACAGGUCAAAGAAGCACAAAAGAUAGAUGAGACACUUGUAAAAUUGACUAGAGAAGUUCAAAAUGGGGAAAAGCUUGAUUUUACAUUAACAGAGGAUGGUGUCUUAUUUUAUCAGAACAGGUUAUGCAUCCCUAAUGAUGACAAUUUGAUUAGAAAAUUAUUGAAUGAAGCACAUACUUCACCAUAUACAAUGCAUCCUGGAGGUACAAAGAUGUACCAGACCAUCAAGAACAUUAUUGGUUGGGAAAUGGGUAUUAAGAGAGACAUUGCGGAGUUCAUUUCCAAAUGUUUGGUUUGUCAACAUUUAAAGGCAGAACAUCAGGUCCUAGUUGGUUUACUACAGCCCUUGUCGAUACGGGAAUGGAAAUGGGAGAGAAUAACUAUGGACUUUGUUUUUGGACUUCCUCGCACCCAAAGAAAUCAUGAUGCAAUAUGGGUAAUUGUGGACAGGCUAACCAAGAAUGCUCACUUCUUAGCAAUCAGGAUGGAUUACUCACUUGAGCAUUUAGCCGAAUUGUACAUUAAUGAGAUUUUUGAGGUUCGGGACGAACACUUGGCUUUGAUAGAAUUUGCUUAUAAUAAUAGCUGCCAAUCAAGUAUUGGAAUGCCUCCCUAUGGAGCCCUAUACGGAAGGAAAUGUCGGACCCCUCUUUGUUGGAGUGAAGCUGGUGAAAGAAAGCUUGUUGGUCCUGAAAUUGUGCAACAAACAGAGGAUAAGGUGUCUCCACGGAAAAAGAUUAUAAGAUUUGGCCAAAAAGGAAAACUUAGUCUUCGAUUUAUUUUACCUUAUGAGAUACUUGAAAGGGUUGGACCAGUUGCAUGUAAAUUAGCUUUGCCACCGAAGUUGGAGAAGAUCCACAAUCUCUUUCAUGUUUCUAUGCUCAGAAGAUAUCGUUCUGAUCCAUCACAUGUUCUUCCAGUUGAAUCUAUUGAGGUUAAUCCUGACUUGACAUAUAAUGGAGAACUUAUCCGAAUUGAAGCUCGAGAAGUAAAGCAACUUAGAAAAAAUAGAAUCCCCUUAGUAAAG